CAAUAUGGCUGGUCCAGCUUCCCCCCAGCUUGUUUUUCCCUCUAUUUGUUUGCUUCGCUGUGGCCUGUACGCAGCCAUGGCCGUCGACCGUUGCAUCCUUGACGGGGAUAAGGGUCUUUCUAAAAGGUGUCUCGUGCCCUUUUCUUUCCUUUCUAGGUACGGGGAAUAAAUAAAGACUCGCUGCUGCCAAGUCUGGAGAUAGGAAAAGAUCUCCCCGAGCUUGAUACUCUGUUCGCUCAGACAUUAGGAACAUCGGUUGGCUUUAGAUAGUCAACUACUUCUGAUCUCGUCGUCAUCAUGGCUCCGAAGUUUCCUACUAGCUUUCGAACGAGAGGAAGACCGUUCCUGGCUUUCUUCACGAUCUUCUCGUUUUUUGUCCUGGGUGCGAUAUUCGCUGUUAAGAUCGGUGGACCGGCGCCGCAACGCGGGUUCGAUCUCUCACAUCAUGCGGCGCGGGCGAAAAUCACGGAACCCAAGGUCAGGGCUGAGACGAAGGGCGAUACAUAUCUGCUUGGCGUAGGGAAGGCCGAUAUCACGGGCCCCGUCGUGGAAAUCAACUUCGCAGGUUACGCCGACCUUUCGCAAGUCGGCACCGGUCUUCGACAGCGAAUCUUCUCGCGAGCGUUUAUCGUCGGCGAUGUCAACAACCCGGACGAUCGGUUCGUGUACUUAGUCCUUGACGCGCAGUCCGGCGAUACGGCUGUCAGCUUCGGUAUCUUCGACGGGCUUGCUGCGCUAGGGGACGAAUAUUCUGUGUACAAGAGGGGGAAUGUAGCUGUUACUGGAACGCACGCCCAUUCGGGUCCUGGGGCCUGGUUUAAUUACCUACUCCCCCAGGUCACCAGCUUAGGGUUUGACAAGCAGAGCUACCAAGCUAUUGUCGACGGCGCGGUUCUGUCGAUUCAGAGAGCUCAUGAAUCCUUGACCGAGGGAUAUCUUGACUUUGGGGCGGUGAACAUCACGGACGGCAACCUUAGUCGAAGUCUAUACGCCUACUUAGCUAACCCUGCCGAAGAACGAGCCCAGUAUAGCGAUUCGACCGAUAAAGAAAUGACCGUUCUUAGGUUCCAGCGCGCAUCCGAUGGCAAGAAUAUGGGAAUCCUGACGUGGUAUCCCGUCCACGGGACGUCGGUUUACCAAAACAGCACUCACGUAACCGGCGACAACAAAGGAGUCGCGGAGAUCAUGUUCGAGCAGGCUAUGCAGGACGACGACACUGCCGCCGACGGAUUCGUUGCCGGGUUUUCUCAGGCCAAUGUUGGGGACACAACCCCUAACACCCUUGGUGCUUGGUGUGAUGAUGGAUCUAGCCAAAUGUGUAGCUUCGAAAACAGCACUUGCGCAAAUGGCAAGUCGCAGGCUUGUCACGGCCGCGGACCCCUUUUCACCGAACUCGAUCUCGGCAUCGCAAGCUGCUACGAAAUCGGAAAGCGCCAGUAUGAUGGUGCUCGAUCAGUCUAUGACUCACUUGAUUCAUCUGGCACCGCAGUAGUCGGCUCAACAGUGAAGUCCUUCCACUAUUACCACGAUAUGUCCUUCUGGAACUUCCAGCUCGACAACGGAACCGAAGUGCAGACGUGUCCGGCAGCCCUCGGAUACUCCUUCGCCGCGGGCACAACCGACGGCCCCGGCGCCUUCGACUUCACACAAGCGGACUCCGGAGAGCCAAGCGCGAGCCCCGUAUGGGAAGUCGUCAAGGACCUACUCCACGCCCCCACGCCCCAGCAACAGGCAUGCCAGAACCCGAAGCCCGUGCUCCUCGACGUGGGCGAGAUGACGGAACCGUACGCGUGGAGCCCGAACAUCAUCGACGUGCAACUGCUACGCGUCGGCCAAUUCGUCAUCAUCAUCAGCCCCAGCGAAGCAACGACGAUGUCCGGGCGGCGAUGGCGCGCCGCCAUCAAAUCGGCCGCAACCUCGGACAUCACCGGGACCGACGCCGAGCCCAACGUCGUGCUAGGCGGGCCCGCGAACACGUACGCGCACUACCUGGCGACGCCCGAGGAGUACGGGAUCCAGCGGUACGAGGGCGCCAGCACGCUGUUCGGCCAGUGGGAGUUGCCGGCGUACAUCAACCUCACGGUCGGCGCGAUCCAGUACAUCGCGCACGACGCGACGACCUCGCCGGACCCCGGCCCCACGCCCCCCGAUAACCGCAACACGAGCCUGAGCUUCAUCACGGGCGUGGUGCAGGACAACGCGCCGCCGGGCAAGGCGUUCGGCGACGUGACGGCGCAGCCUGCGCCCGCGUACGCGCGAGGCGCCGUGGUCAACGCGACGUUCGUCGCGGCGAACCCGCGGAAUAAUUUACGGUUGGAGGGCACGUACGCCGCGAUCGAGAUGCAGGAUUCGGCGACGGGGAACUGGACGCAGGUCCGCGACGAUUCGGACUGGAGCCUCGUGUACACGUGGACGCGCACGGAUACCGUGUUUGGGUAUAGCAGCGUUACGAUUAGUUGGGAGACGGAGGCGGAUGCGCUGCCGGGUACGUAUCGCACGAGGUAUUAUGGCGAUAGUAAGGCGCUGAUUGGGGGUGCUAUUACGGCUUUUGAGGGGGUUAGUUCGGGGUAUACGCUUUCUUGAGUAGUUAGGGGGGGGGAGA